UGAGCCCCUCUUGUUUAUAAAAACAAAAAAAGUUAGCUCUUCUUCCUCACUGCGCUGCUGCCAUUGAAAAAGGAAAACAAAACUCUCUUCUCUCAAAUUCAUUCUCACGAUUUUCUUGCCAUUUGAAUCAAUUUCAACCUAAUUCCCACACAAAAUUGACCACUGGAUCUAUUUUUGGCAUCAGUUCCAUCGAUCGUGACUCCGUUUCACCGGAAAUAGCCAUGUUUAUUUCCUUAGGCGAACAGUUUUUUGACAUUUCCGGUCACUACGAUCGAAGUUUGGGAAAAUUGAUAUCUUUUUUGGAUUCCUCUCGUCGAAACCUUCAGAAAGCAAUACUCAUUCGCACAUUUUGGUGAAGUUGACGUCCGACCAUGUUGGCUCUCCGGCACGUCGCCAUGUUUCGUUAACUUUGCGGAUUCGUCAAUGUUUUGGACUCGUUCGUUAGUGCUGCCAAUCUGCCAUUGUUGCUGAAUAUUAUUUUUCAUCCUUGUAGGAAGGCUUCAAACUAAGGUAUGAGGUGAUAGCGAGUUCGAAUUCAUGAGUAUAAAAUAAGUGAGAUGAAUAAGAAAACCGUAUUCCCACAAUUCAUUUGGAGCUCUACGGAUGAACCUUUUUUAGUAAUAAUUGAUUAAUGAAAAUACUUGGAAUUUGGUUAGGUUAAAACAUGAAUUAGAAACUUUUAAAGGAUGUUGUUUGAUUUGAUUUUGUAGAUUGUGUGAUAGUUGAAUUAUUGUGUAUUGACAUAUUUUGUACUGUAUUUAUUUAUACCUAUCCUUGAUAUUGUUAUAUGAUGUAAAAUGUGAUGAAUUGUAAAUACUUGCAUAAUUGAUGUAGUGUGUUAAUGAUCUAGUAUUGCUAUCUAGUAUUGAUCCAUAAGUACUUGGCCAUUGUGACUUGUCCAUAAGAGCAAUAGCAAUUUUGAUGUGUCCGUCCACUCAAGUGGUGACAUAUUAUUAAAUCUCCUAACCAAGUACUUCAAAGUAGAAUGGUACCAAGGAAAGAGGAGAGUCUAAAGUAUAAUAUCAUGCAUAACAUUACUUGAUAUGUGCCUUGACUUACCUCGAUGUUGUUGAUUGUAUUCAUGUUCUACUUUGAUUAUUCUUGUUAAUUGUGAUUUGAUAUGAUACGGUAUUUAAUUGAUAUUUUUACGGAUUCUUCUCAAUUAUUUUAUACUAUUACAUUUUAUCAAAGUUCACCUCAUUCGUUGUUUGUGUGUGCGCGUUUGCGAAAACACAGUUAUUUCAAAUUAUCGGUUAGUGAUCCAUGCUCUAAUAAGUGAUAACCGGGUGGGAGUCAUUUAUUGUAUUUUUAUCGAGUUUUGAACUAAUUUAUGUUUUGUAAACUUCAUCGGUCAAAUUGUAUUACCUUUUAAUCUUUUAUUCGGAGAUGGAAAUUAAUUGUUUCUAUGUUUUGAACAUGUUUUGAUGCUAGAAGUUUAUUUUUAAUAAGCAUCAGCUAUUUCGAUAUUAAAAGAUUUUUAAUUGAGAAUUUUGAUGUAAGCAUUUUGUGUAAGUGUGAAUGUGGGAUCCUGAGCCUUAUAUUUUUAAAAGAAAUUUUUACACUCUAUUUUGGAACCGCAAUGAAUUCUUUCAAAACUAAUGCAUUUUAUUAUCUAUUUCAAUUUGGAGUUUAGGGUGUCACAUUAAUACUAUUUGUAUUGGAAAGGUUCUAGUUGCUUUCUGUCUCGAGAUAGUGAUGUUUCACUGUUUCGAAUAUAUAACUGCAUCUUGAUUUACCUUACUACUUGGCUUCCAUAUUCAAAUAAAUAUACAUGUAUACAUUGAUUGAGUAUUGAUAUUGAUGUUCAUAUUGAAUAAUACUCACAACAAGGGCAAUAGUUGUUUGAUUUGAUUAAAAAGAUGGUGGAGAAAUUCCUGACUGUGGCGCCGUUUGAGUGCGCGUGGAGAGAAGAUUUAAAAUUCCGUGAAGCAGGUAGGGGAUGCGUGACUUUCGAAGCAUUUGCUUGCAACGAUGUCACAUUGGUUUUUAGAGAGAAUGUUGGAAGUCAAGGGUACCACUACAAAAGAGAUAGCAGUCCUCACUACACAAUCAUAUUGGGAAGUCAUAGGAAUCGACGCCUCAGAAUUGAGGUCAACGGUAAAACUGUUGUUGACGCGGCCGGUGUUGGACUCUGUGGUUCCAACACUUUUCAGAGUUAUUGGAUAAGUAUCUAUGAUGGCCUCAUCAGCAUAGGUAAUGGGAAAUACCCUUUCCAGGAUGUUGUCUUCCAGUGGUCUGAUUCAAAUCCCAAUUGUAAUGUUCAGUAUAUUGGUCUCAGUAGUUGGGAUAAACAUGUCAAAUACAGAAAUGUUACUGUUCUCUCAUUAGCACACACUACUCGUCCUAUGCCUUUCUCAUACUCCAACCAUUAUCACCAAGUUGAAGAGGAAGAGGAUUUGCAUAUGCAUAUGGACUAUGACAAAUGGGGACUCAACAAUUUUCUUGAGAGUUGGGAUCUGUCUGAUAUGUUAUUCAUCGUUGGUCCAGAGGAAAGACCUGUUCCUGCUCACAAGCCUAUUUUAGCUGCUUCUGGAAACUUUCCUUUCUCCUCCUUUGCCAUCACAUUACCGACUAUUUCUUAUCCGCUUCUACAUGCACUGCUUCGCUACAUCUACACUGGCUGGACCCAGAUUCCACAGGAACAACUUUGUUCUUUGAGGGCUAUAAGUCUACAGUUUGAAGUCAUGCCACUUGUGAAGCAAUGUGAAGACGUUAUGGAACGUUUUAAGGGAGAUAACAAGUUGUUUGACACUGGCAAGAAUGUGGAGUUAACGUAUCCAUGUAUUGGACCUCAUUCUUCAACGUUACCCUCACUUCCUGUCAGCAUUCAGAGACUUGGCCAAUUAAAGCUAUCAGGCCAGUUCAGUGAUGUCAACAUCUAUAUUGAGAGUUAUGGGUUUAUUGCACGAGCACAUAGAAUUGUUCUCAGCUUAUGGAGUAUCCCCUUUGCCAAGAUGUUUACAAAUGGAAUGAGUGAAAGCAUGUCAUCAGAGGUUACUUUACGGGAUGUGCCGCCAGAAGCUUUCAAAGCCAUGCUUGACUUUUUAUAUGAUCAGCAAUUGAAUGAGAAUGUUAUUGAUUCUAGUUCUUUGUUGCUUCAACUCCUUCUAUUGGCUGAUCGAUUCGGAGUGACUUUUCUUCACCAAGAAUGCUGCAAAAUGCUUUUAGAAUGCCUCUCACAGGACUCUGCCUGUCCACUCCUCCAAGUGCUUUCUUCAAUCCCAUCAUGUAGACUUGUUAAAGAAACACUGCAGAGGAGGAUUUGCAUGAACUUUGACUAUUUUAUCAGUGCCAGUACUGACUUUGUUUUGUUAGAUGAUACAACCUUCUUCAAUAUCAUUAAGCAUCCAGAUCUGACAGUGACAUCUGAAGAGAAAGUUCUUAAUGCAAUCCUAAUGUUUGGCAUGAAUGCAAAAGAGAUAUUUGGCUGGGAAGUGGUUGACCAGUUAAUAACAAAUUCAAAACCUGAACUCCUUUUUGGUGAGAGGCUUCAGUUAGUUUAUGACUUGCUGUCAUUUGUGCGAUUUCCACUACUACAGUGUUCCUUACUUGACAAGUUGCAGAAUAGCAACAUUGUCAGGAAUAUUCCUGAUCUCCUAAGUCUUGUUGACGAGGCAAUCAAUUUUGUUAAAUCUGGACUGGGAAGGUCAGAAAAUGAAAAUAAUGUUAGAUUCCAACAUAGACGGUCUAGUUACAGGGAGCUCCAGUAUAUUUGUGAUGGAGAUGACCAUGGAGUUCUAUACUUUGCAGGCACAUCCUAUGGUGAACACCAGUGGGUUAAUCCUCUUUUGGCAGAGCCAAAGAAAAUUACCAUCACAGCCAGCAGUCCCCACUCAAGAUACACUGAUCCCAAGGUUUUGGCAUCAAGAACAUACCGGGGAACAUGUUUCGCCGGGCCUCGUUUGGAAAAUGGACACAAUUGUUCCUGGUGGAUGGUUGAUCUUGGACAGGAUCAUCAGCUUAUGUGCAACUACUAUACCAUGAGGCAGGAUGGCUCCAAGGCCUUUCCGAGAUGUUGGAAUAUUCAGGGCUCAAUGGAUGGAAAAAGCUGGAGAGAGUUGAGAAUCCAUGAAAAUGAUGGGACAAUAUGUAAACCUGGUCAGUUUGCAUCUUGGCCCAUAGUUGCUCCCAAUGCCCUUCUUCCCUUUAGGUAUUUCCGGAUUGCUCUCACAGGUCCCACUACUGAUGCCACUAAUCCUUGGAACUUCUCUAUUUGUUACUUUGAACUCUAUGGCUACUUCCUCUAAAAAGCUUUCAUAGAUACUAGAUAGGAUAGGUACUCAUAUUACCUAUACAUAUGUAUUUUCUUGAUUACAUGUCCAGUUCCGUUGUUUGAUUCAAUAAUGUCUAUGUAUAAAGUUCAUAAGCUAUUACUAAAGAAUAAUUGAAGUUCACAAUUUGAUGGUUAGUUGGUUUGAAAUAGCAAAAAUAAUCUGUUUUGUUUGUCUUUA